UUGUAAUGUAACCUCAAUGUCAUAACAAAUAUUAAUCAUGGAAGAAAAUCGAAAAACUCGUGUUAUGCUCGAAGAAUAUGGCAUACCUAAUGCUUCCGAUUACACCAAUUACCAACCAUUACAAGAUUGGAAUUUACAAAAUUAUAAAAAAGAAUUCAAGAUACAGGUCGUUAGAGAAUCUGAAGAAGAGAGGGAAUUAGAAUUUGAUUUAAUUGGAUAUCCUGUUGGUUUUGCUAAUGCAUUUCGUAGGGUUCUUUUAAGUGAAGUACCGACCAUGGCUAUAGAAAAAGUUUAUAUUGUAAAUAACACAAGUUUAAUUCAAGAUGAAGUCCUUGCUCAUAGGUUGGGUCUUAUACCACUUCGAGCAGAUCCUAGAUUAUUUGAAUACCCUUCUUCCACUGCUAAAAAUGAAGACGAAGUUAGUGAUCAAGACACAUUGAGGUAUGAACUUAAAGUUUCAUGCACUUGGAACCCUCAAGCUGCAAAAGAUUCACGAAGGACAACAGAUGUAUACAGGAAUAGCAAUGUGUAUAGCAAAGAUAUUAAAUGGGUUCCAAUUGGACGUCAGGCAGAACUUCAUCCUCAAGGGGUAGAAAAAUUAGGUGUUUUCCUGUAGAAUAUUUUAGUGUGUACUUAAAUAUGUUGUACUGAACUUUAUAUUUUUUUAUAUGUAGCUACAGCAUCGUACAGAUUAUUACCAGAUAUACAAAUAAUAAAACCAGUUAGAGGGGAAAUGGCAGAUCGUUUGAAAAAUUGCUUCAGUAUCGAUGUUAUAGAAGUAAUUGAGCAUAAAUCAGGAGAUCCAGAUUUGCGUGAAGCUAGGAUAAAAAAUCCUCGUUACGAUAGUUGUUCCAGAAAUGUGUUUCAACACGAAGACCUUAAAUCUUGUGUACGCUUAAGUCGAAUACGAAACCAUGUAAUUUUUACUAUUGAAUCAGUGGGAAUUUUAUCACCAGCUGUACUAUUUGUAGAAGGUGUUAAAAUUCUUAAGGAAAAAUGUAAGACAUUUUUGGAAGAACUUGAGAAUAUUGGUCAAUAA